CUCAGUUGGUGAGUGUGACUGUGUGAGGCGUAAAACAUGAACCAUGACCGAGAACAUUGAGUUCCAACUUCUAGUAACAGACAGUCGGGCACUAAGAAAGAGUGAGAAAUUGAAUAGCAAAGGAAAGUUAGGGUUUUUGUAUUUCAUCUGAAGCUUGAACAAGUUGGUUAGUCUGGUGCUUGGUUAUGCGAUCUUUGUCAGAUGAUAUGAAGUAAGAGCAAAGAAGACUGCAACAAGGGGUGUGGCAUUUCGGUAAGGGUCCAUUUCUUCGUCGGUUCCCCACCGUGGCAGGGACCAUCUAGUCAGGGUUUUGCAAGGAAGAGUUUCUCAGCUUCCACUAUGGCCUGCGUUGCUUACAAUAAUCCUUCAACAGCGUUUUUGAGUUUUCACGAGAAUCAAUUUACAAAACCUUUUUCCUUAAAUCGUCCUUCAUUUUCACUGUUCGUUAGUAAAGAUAAAAGAUGCAACCCUAUUCGUUCUACUGCCAUAAUCAGACAAUCUUAUCUGUUUCCGAAUUCGAGUCCAAGGCUUUCAUCUUUUUCUGGUGAAUUCAAGAGAUUUUCAGAACAUUCAGAGAAAUCUGGUUGUAUCAAUGCAAUUACCUUCGAUUAUUACGAUAAAGCUCCAGAAGAGAGGUUGGUGGUGUUAGUUAUUGGAGGUGGAGGAAGGGAACAUGCAAUUUGUUACGCCUUGCAGCGGUCUCCAUCUGUUGAUGGAGUAUUUUGUCUUCCUGGCAAUGAUGGGAUUGCUAACUCAGGAUGUGCCACCUGUGUACACGGCCUUGACAUUUCUGACAGCUCAAAGGUGAUAUCCUUUUGUCAAGAGUGGGGAGUUAAAUUGGUUGUGGUAGGACCAGAGGCUCCCUUGGUUGCAGGUCUUUCAGAUAUUCUUAAUAAGGCUGGGAUACCUACUUUUGGGCCGUCAGCAGAGGCUGCUGCUUUGGAGGGAUCUAAGGAUUUCAUGAAGAGGUUGUGUUACAAGUAUGGAAUUCCCACUGCUAAGUAUCAAACAUUUACAGAUCCAUCCGCAGCAAAGCAGUACAUUCAAGAGCAAGGAGUACCCAUCGUCAUUAAAACUGAUGGCCUUGCCGCUGGCAAAGGAGUUGUUGUUGCCAUGACGUUGGACGAGGCAUAUGAAGCUGUUGACUUAAUGCUCGUAAAGGGUGUGUUUGGAUCUGCAGGCUGCCGUGUGAUUGUUGAGGAAUUCUUGGAAGGAGAAGAAGCUUCAUUUUUUGCACUCGUCGAUGGUGAGACAGCCAUACCUCUUGAAUCUGCUCAGGAUCAUAAACGGGUUGGGGAUGGUGACACAGGACCUAAUACAGGGGGAAUGGGUGCAUACUCACCGGCUCCUAUAGUAACAGAAGACAUUAAGUCUUUUAUAAUGGAAUCUAUAAUUCUGCCUACGGUGAAAGGAAUGUCUGAAGAAGGCUGUAAAUUUGUUGGAGUUUUAUUUGCUGGUCUCAUGAUUGAAAAGAGAACUGGUUUACCAAAACUUAUAGAGUACAAUGUGCGGUUUGGAGACCCUGAAUGCCAGGUUUUGAUGGUUAGGUUGGAAUCGGAUUUAGCACAAGCUCUACUUGCAGCUUGCCGAGGAGAGUUAGAUAAUGUGUCAUUGAAGUGGUCCUCUGACUCAGCCAUGGUGGUGGUGAUGGCAAGUAAAGGCUACCCUGGAAAAUACAUGAAAGAUACUGUGAUCCGAAAUCUCAAAGACGUAGAAGAAAUGCUACAAGAAGAAGAAAGAGAACACAAACAAAAACAAGUUUCUUCUUUGAUUAAAGUUUUUCAUGCAGGAACAUCAACCAACGACGAUGGCAACUACAUUGCUGUUGGAGGUCGUGUUCUUGGGGUUACAGCAACAGGAAAAGAUUUAAAAGAGGCACGGGAUAAAGCUUAUGAAACUGUUGAAAAAAUUAACUGGCCAGAAGGAUUUUUUAGACGAGAUAUUGGUUGGAGAGCACUUCCUAAGAAAUCAUUUUGGCGAAAUUUGUGUGUUAUCUCAAAAGCUUAGAGAGAUUAUAAACUAAUUAAUUUGGUCAAAAUUAGCUUAUACUGUCAACUCAAGGUUGCAUUGCAUCAUCCAUUUCCAUUAUUUCUUUCUGAAUUUAGCAUUAUAUUAAAUUAGCUGAGAUUGCUCUUUAUACAAACUUCAAGGUUGCAUUGCAUUAGCCAUUAUUUCUUUCUGAAUCAAAUUUCUUUAGAAUCUCUUAAUCACAAGAACUGACAUUAAAAUUUUCUUU